AUGGGACUCCGGGACGACCCAGCACGGAUUGACCUGGUGAGGCUGCACAUGCUCAUCGCUGCCAGAGGCGCUUGGCUCGAGAAUACCAUACCGACAACCGUGCGCCGAGACCACGGCCCCUUCACUCAUCAGCCCAACAGCUACGAUCUCAACGGCAUGGCCGUGCCCGGACCCGGAGAUCUGCGCGACCUCGUCGGACUUGGCCACUUCGGCGACAUGAUCCCGGCCUGGUCCUCCCGCCACGCUUCAGCGGGUGCCGUGGUAUCAUGGGCGGAACGCGUCAAGAUGAAUUUCAUCGGCAGUUCUACGACGGUGGUGCACUUCCGGCAAUCGCAGACCCCGCACCCUUUAUUGGUGAAGCCCCACCAGCACGGCAAUGCCGAGCUUUCGGUGACUUUGAACCACAUCUGGAGCGAGGAGGAGAUCCAACAGCGACUGGACAAUCUGUACCAGCACCGGCCCAAGACCUUCAGCGACAAGGUGAUGCAUCGAUUGAUGUGGAGCCUUUACAAGGGCUUCAACUGGGUGACAGGCUUCAAACCCGAGAACACCCCUGUCAGGGCCGUGGAAUGGCGACUCAUCGUCCUCGAGAGCUUCGCAGGGGUUCCUGGCUUCAUGGCUGCCAUGUUCAGGCACUUCCGGUGUCUGCGCACCUUGCAGCGGGACCACGGCUGGAUCCACACCCUGCUUGAGGAGGCGGAGAACGAGCGCAUGCACCUGCUCAUUUGCAUGAAGAUGUUCAAGGCCGGCUUUGUGACACGGUGCCUGGUGAUGGGCGCGCAGGUUUUCAUGACGCCUUUCUUGGCGUCCAUCUACGUGAUCAAACCAGAUGCCGUGCACCGCUUCGUGGGGUAUUUGGAAGAGACGGCAUGUCUGACCUACGCAAAUAUCAUUCACCAAGUCGAGACUGAAGGCACACCGCUGAACGACGCCUGGUCCCAGCUUCCCGCGCCGGGCCUCGCCAAGGCAUACUGGAAGCUCCCCGAGGAAGCCAUGUGGAUCGACGCCCUGAAGUGCAUGUUCGCGGAUGAGAGCAAUCACCGGGACGUGAAUCAUACCUUCGCGAUGAUGGACACGGAUGACCCAAACCCUUUUGUCGACAAGCACCGGAAAGAUGCCGCGGUGGCGUGGCGCAUGGAUGCGCAGGGCCUCUCUGCGGACAUAGGCUGCCACAAGACUCUCAAAGUGAAAGACUCGAAGUGA